UUAUUUAGCGUGCCCGAUAUUAGGUUUGUUCUCACCUGCAAGGGUUGGCGUUGACCCAGUGCCAAUCGCGUGGGAGGUUCCUGAAUCGACGUUUUGACGCUUCGGUCGCGCGUCACGCAUUUGCGGGCCACACAUAAACCUAGAGCUUGACGUCGCACACAGACAGAGGCGCGUAGCAAGGGUCGCGCGUGCGUGCAAUAGACCUGAACUAGGGUGGUAGAACACUACUAGGAUGCUCGCCAAGUCGCUGCGCGCCUCACACGCGGGCGCUGCUGCUCGCGGCACCACUCGAGGGCGCGCCGUGGUUGUUGCAAAUGCCAGCGCAGAGCGGAGCGCACGGGGAGGGCUGUGGGCAAGCAGCAUCGGCGCGGCACAUCUGCUUGCCGCUGGUCUAGCCUUCGCGGAUGAUGCGAGCCCUGCCGCUAUUGCAGAGCUGAAGACGGCUGAGCCUGCCGUAUCCGAGCUGGUAGUCCAGGAGGUGGCCACAGUCGCUGCUGCCGCCGAGUCCAUCUCAGCGCCGGAGCUCGCCACGCCCGCAGUCGGCGCCGAGUCCGCGGCGCCCUCCGCCGCGGCCGCUGUGUCGGAGCUGCCUGUACCCGAGCUCACUGACGCCGCACCCAGCUUCACAGUCGCCGUCUCCGCCCCUGCUCCCUCGGAGGAGGUGGAGUCGGCCGCUACCGAGGUCGCCGUUCUGGCGGCGGUAGGCUCCCCUUCGGAGGGCGAGGAGCAGCAGCAGCAGCAGCUGGAGGAGGCUGCCGCCCCCGCGGUUGCCGCCAUCGUUGCGGAGGUCCCGGAGGCCGCCGCCGCUGACGAGGCAGCCGCUGAGCCGGUGGCGGUGGUGGCGGCGGCCGUCGCCGAGGAGGCCGACGCGCCCGCAACCGCAGUGGCCUUCACCGCCGCGCCGACGGCGGAGCUGGCCUCGGCGCCGGCCCUCUAUGAGACCGCCGACUCCUCUUCUGCGGAAGCGCAGCUGGAGGCGGCGGUGGCCGAGGCGGAGGCGGUGGAGGCGGCGGUGGAGGAGGUGGCGGCCGCCGCGGCGGAGCCCAGUGACGCGCUGCCGGGUCUGGAGAUCCCGGCCAUGCCGGCCCUGACGCCGGCCACGGACAUCCGCACGCUUGUGUCGGCGCUCAUCCGCAACGAGCAGUUCAUUGCGGCGCUGGUGAACAACGAGGCGUUCCUGGACCGGCUGGCGGGGGAGGACAGGGUGGUGGAGGAGCUGACGCGGCGCAAGGGGCUGGCGGUGGAGAUCGAUACGCGUGACGAGCUGGCCACGGAGCUGCGGCGGCGCCAGGCCAUGAUGGACGCGCUGGCGGCCCGCGGGCCCGAGGCGGUGGCGGCGGUGGCGGACGCGGCCAAGGCGGCGGCGGAGGCGGCGUCCAGGCAGGCGGCCAGCGAGGCGCGGGCGGCGGACGCUAGCGGCGAGGUGGGUGUGCUGAGCGGCGGGCGCAGUGCGCUGGUGGCCAUGGAGACGGCGGUGGAGCUGCUGGAGGACAGCCAGGAGCUGCUGGCGGCAGUGGAGUCGGACUCCGACACAACUGCCCGCGAGGUUAAGAAGAUGGAGGCCGCGGUCGCACGCGCCGAGGCCAGCGUGAGCACCACCCUGGAGGAGAACGCGGCGGAGAGCCUGAAGGACAUCCAGGGCGCGGUGCGUGAGCUGUUUGCGGAGGAGGACAUCACCGUGGCCGUCGGCUCCACCUCGGAGCCCUCCGCCGCCGCCGCCCCGGCCUCCAAGAGCGGCGGCGCCGCCGCGGAGCGGCCCGCCAUCGGCCGCGCCUACGGUCACCUGGUGUCUGCGGUGGCGGAGCUGCAGCGGGCGUACGGCGAGGCGGUUGCCAAGGCGGUUGGGCACGCGGUGACGGAGGUGGUGGAGGUGGAGCAGGCGGCGGAGAAGGGCGUGGAGAAGACCAAGGUGCUGCUGGGGCAGAAGGUCAUCGAGGUGGAGAAGGCGGUUGGACUUGAUCCCGACGCGCCCAAGCCCGCGGCGGCGCCCCGGCCCAAGCCCGUGGCGGCGGCCGCUGCUACCGCCACUCCUGCUACUGCCGCCUCCACCAUGACGGCUGCUGCUACUGCCGCCGCCGGCGAGGCGGAGGCCGCAGCAGACGGCGGCGCCAGCCUGGACGCGCUCAAGCUGCCUAUCAUCGGCGCCUUCCUGUUCUGGAUGUACGGCACCUUCAUCUCGCCGCGCACCCGCUACAGCCGCUGAGCCGCCGCACAGCUGCUACAGCCGAUGAGGUGCAGAGCUGCCACAGCUGGUACGGCGCUAAGCCACGGAGCUGCUACAAUGCGUGGGCUGCUGCGUUGGUUGCUGGCCGCUGGGCUGACACAGCUGCUGGGGCACUGGGCUUGCCGCCCGGCAGCAGGUGCGUGUGGUGGUUGUGUGCGUAGGUUGUGGUGGGUGAGGGCGCUGGCGGCAGGUGCAUGUGGUCAUCCGCUGCCGGGCGGUGUGGGACUGAUGGUGCGGGUUGGGAACCGCCCGCUGCACCGGAGUCAUGGGUGCUCUGCGGUGCGAGCAGUGGGGGCGGCACGGCCAGCGCCGGCACGGGCGCGCGGGGAUGGUGCGGGAGCGGCGCAACGAGAUGAGGCUUGUUCUGCCGCGCGAUGCAUGCAGCUAGAAUGUGCAAUAUAGAGCAUUGAGGUGAGCGGGGGAAGUUGCGAGAGGCAAGGUGUUUGCGUGUGCAUGUGUGAAAAGUGGAUGUGUGGAUGGUGUGGGAGUGUGCGCUGUGACGGCAUGUGCGUGUGAUCCAGAACCGAGUGCGGCCCGUAAGCAUGUCUUGAACUCUUUUAAGCAGCAUAUGAGUGACAUACGAAAAAUGGUGACGUGCAUAGACGUGCCGUAUACACGUAUGGAUGGAGCCGGUCCGCGUAGCGUGAGCGGGCGGCGAGAGCGCAGGUACGGUGCGACGCAUAUCGUAAGAGGUGGAUGCUUGAGAGGCGCGGGAGCGCAUAUAGAUACAUCAAACAUCGAUGUGUUUGAUGGAGCGAGCAGCCGCAUCCAUUUUGUUGUCUAGCAUUACGUAUAUUGGAUACGCAGGAUUCGGCGAAUUCUGUGGGAGCUUGUUGCAGGUUGUGCCCUUUGACCACAAGGUUGAGUUUGACCAGGGCACUGCCUUUGGGACGGAGUGUUGACUGGAGCUCGAGCAAUGCUGGAAUGUCACACGACCCCGUUUGAUUGAGGGAUGCAUUGUCUCGAGAGAGAGGGUCAUGGAGAGGAGGGUGAGGCGCCGGCAGGCACUGGGUAGGGUGAGGGCGCAGAACGUUGGAGAGGACGACAGUGACUGGGACAGACGCCACUCAUAACGUAACAACACAUGGGUCUUUGCAGGACUGUUGUAUCGUGUUCAGCUUCCCCAUGCACGGCGCGUCGUCGGCGCCCCUACGGAGCCGUGAGCCGUUCUGGGCCCCGUAAGGUCCAUGGCCGCUAGUGGGACCAUGUAGAAGACGCGAGGUUAGCAAUGAGCCGCAAUCGUGCACGAGGUGCCAACGCGCAAAGGGCUACAGUCGACACAGACCUACCGCCUAGUGCGACACAACCGGAUUGUAAAGCGAUUGAGCU